AUGGAGGAAAUGGAGAGCCCCACCGGCUCUGCUAGGGUUCAGUCCUCUAGAGUAAACAAGAGAGAUCUUGAUCGUGCAGAGGACAGUCUCAAACUGUUUGUUGAUGGACUAGAUGAGGGGACAAGCUACAAGCAGGUGCGCAAGUUGUUCGAACGAUUUGGGAAGGUAGCAAGUUUUUUCGUUCCUGCUAAGAUGAAGAGAAGAAGAAAAGUCAAGUUUGGUUUCGUCCUCUUUUAUGAUAGGAGGGAUGGUUUGAAAGCUAUGAAGGCACUGCAUGGCUCAAAAUUAAACUCGACCUUUCUGUCAGUUAAUCCGGCCAGAUAUGUUGAUCGCAAGCCUACGUGGAGACCUCCACAACAAAAAAGCUUCAUGGAAAAACCAAAAUUGAAGAAGGUUUGGAGGAAAAAGGAGCGGCGGAUAGAGGCCAGUUCGCAAGGCAACCGAAAAGUCUGGCGUGUCAAGCAGAAUACUGAAAGCAAGGUAGAAAAUCCCUUGAGGAGCGAGAAUGUCAUGACUCGGAUAAAUAUAGAAGUCAAGAAAGAUUUAUCCAGAUUUAUAGUGGCUUCGAUGGAGGAAGUGCUUUGCUGCGAGGAUGUUAUGAAGCUCCUGGCUGAAAGGGGAAUUCCAUAA